AGUCUGGCAACCCUGUGUAGGCAAUAAUCAGAUAUUCAUUUAGUAGCGGAUGACAGCAUGAUCAUCAUGUUGGUUAAAAGGUGAAACUCAAAUUGUUUUGAUGCAGAUCCCCCCUGGAACUAGGAUCUACAAUGAAGUUAUGGGAUAAAGUUUUCACUUGUUACUUGCUGCUGGACCACGUCCUCACAAACCCACUUUUGAGAAGUCUACAGUCCCUCCCAGGGGGACCACUCCGUUAUGACUCACAGAGACGGCUGGAUGCAUCCUCCUCAGCAUCAGAGUCACGAAGUAUAACAGACAACAGACAACAAAAAUCACCAUUCAAAGGGAAAGACGAUAUGGCAACCCAGAGUCCCCAGCAGCUAGAGGACGUGCUGGACUUCAUCAAGAGCACUAUCAGUAGCCUGAGGAGGUCAGCCGAGCAGGGCAAAGACUCUGUGCUGAGAGAGAAACGAUCGAGGAGGAGGGUACAGAUGGGAGGAGGCAGAGGGCAACGCGGGGGCACGCGGGCAGCGGGUCAAGGCGGGAGACGGCAAGGAAAGGGCAGCCAGGGUCACGGCUGCAAGCUGAAGCAGGUCCAACUGAACGUGUCCGACCUGGGGCUGGGCUACCAAACCAAAGAGGAGAUGAUCUUCAAGUACUGCAGUGGGCCCUGCGCCAACUCAGAGACCAACUAUGACAAGAUCCUCAACAAUCUCACCCAAAACAAGAAACUGCUGCGGGACAGCCCGCCCCACGCCUGCUGCCGUCCAAUCGCGUUCGACGAUGACCUGUCAUUUCUGGACGACAACUUGAUAUACCACACCAUGAAGAGGCACUCGGCCAGAAAGUGUGGCUGUGUCUGACUACCAGUUGAACAAGAGAGGAGGGCAAGGUUGUAAAAGGGAUGGGGUAACAUUACCCAAUGCCAUAUUUAUAACUAAAUGGUAGAUAUGUAGUUAUCCCAGGCAUAUAUCACUCCAGUGGAACUUCCCAAGGGGGUUGUGGAAUUUUAAGAACAGAACAAAGUUAUAUGAUGCCCCUACACAUACAAAAGCUUAAAUUGACCUACAAAUGUAAAAAUUAGAAAUGCCAUUCUAAUUCUAGGCACCCAAAGAACAAAAAUACAUAUGUAUGUGGGUUUAAUACUGAAAUUAAGUUAUUAUUAUAACUAUUUAUUUAUUUUAAUGUUUUUUUAUUUUCUUAUAUUUAUUUGACAUCUUUAUAAAGUAUCAGAAACUUGUGCCAAACAUGAUGACUGUAACGUUAUAGUAAUAUUAGACUUGUCGUGUGGUGAACUGCUUUAUAAGUCUUUUUCACAUAGUGUUGAGGGAUGAACACAAAUGACUGAGUGAAUAGGUGGCUGAAAAUGUGUUUCCCAUUCUUUAGGAAUUUCAAUAGUUUGGUUCCCCUCUUUUGGAAUGAGUCAGAUAGACUGGUUGUGUGACUUACUCCGUCCUAGACCUUGCCCUCCUAGUAUGCACAAUAGCACACACGCACGUACACACACACACACACACACACACACACA